GCACACACCCUUUCCUUCCUCUUUUGCUUGGGGGGAAUCUCAGUUGUAACCCGAAAGGCCUCAGGGCAAAGGACCAGGGAUCCGGGACGCAAUCACACAGGCCCUGCUGAGGCGGCACCUUUCCCUGCUCCUGAACGUAAGCUGGUCGCGGAGCCCCCGUCCCGCCGCCCUAGCUCUCCGCACAGCGCCUCAAAGCCGCCAGGUGAGAUUUAGACUUGAAAGAAUUUCCCUAAACUGACGGCGCGUGGACUUAUGGGAAAGAGAGUCCUGGCAUUUGUGGAGCUAGCGGGCGUGCGGCCCGGCAGGCGGACUUCCGGCGUCCUCAGCGCGAGUGCCGCUGGCCGUGGGGGAGCGUUCGCGCCGGCGCAGUGCUGCCGCAUCGACCUCGCUUCCUGUCCGUGCGCAGGUCAACCGUUAGCAGCCUCUACACUUGUCCAAGAGCAACAGAAAAUGAACGACUCCCAGGGGCCAGUGUCAUUCAAGGAUGUGGCCGUGGAUUUCACCCAGGAGGAGUGGCAGCAGCUGGGGCCUGGUGAGAAGGCCACCUACAGGGACGUGAUGCUGGAAAACUACAGCCUCCUUGUGUCUGUGGGGUAUGAUAGCACCAAACCAAAAGUAAUUCUCAAGUUGGAGCAGGGAGAGGAGCCAUGGUUAGCAGAAGGUGAAUUCCCAUGUCAGAAUCAUCCAGAAGUCUGGAAAGUUAAUGACCUGAUAGAGGGAAUCCAAGAAAAUGAAGAUGAACAUUCAAGGGAAGUUCUUUAUAUCAACAGUAGAACCCUGAUUGGAGAGAGAGAGAAUACAUUUGAUAAAGCUUCUAUGGAACCAAACCUUGCUCCUUCAAGGAUAAAAUCUCAUAAUUGUGUCUCAUGUGGAAAGAAUUUAGAAUCUACUUCGGCAUUAAUUAUUAGUGAUGGAAGCUAUGCAAGAAAGAAACCUGAUGAAUGUGCUGAAUGUGGGAGAACAUACUUUGGAAAGAAAUCCUAUGGAUUUAAUCAAAGUGGAGAAGGCUAUUCUCAAAAUGAAGAAAGUCUUCUUCAGAAAAUUAAUAUUUUGGAGAAACCCUUUGAAUAUAAUGAAUGCAUUGAAGCCUUGGACAAUGAAGCUGUUUUUGUUACUCAUAAGAGAGCUUAUAUGGGGGGAAAGCCCUAUGAGUGGAAUGAGUCUGGGUCAGACUUCAUCCAGAUCUCAAAUUUUAAUGUAUACCAGAGGUCACAGGUAGAAUUGAAGCCCUUUGAAUGUAGAGAAUGUGGGAAAUCCUUCUGCAAGAAGUCAAAAUUCAUUAUACAUCAGAGGGCUCACACAGGAGAGAAACCUUACGAAUGUAAUGUAUGUGGGAAAUCCUUCAGCCAAAAGGGAACCCUGACUGUACAUCGGAGAUCACACUUAGAGGAGAAACCCUAUAAAUGUAACGAGUGUGGGAAAACCUUCUGUCAGAAGUUACAUCUCACUCAGCAUCUGAGAACUCAUUCAGGAGAGAAACCCUAUGAAUGUAAUGAGUGUGGAAAAACCUUCUGCCAAAAGACCCAUCUCACCCUACACCAGAGAAAUCAUUCAGGAGAAAGGCCCUAUCCCUGUAAUGAAUGUGGGAAAUCCUUCUCCCGAAAGUCAGCUCUCAGUGACCAUCAGAGAACACACACAGGAGAGAAACUUUAUAAAUGUAAUGAAUGUGGGAAAUCCUACUACCGAAAAUCUACCCUCAUUACGCAUCAGAGAACACACACAGGAGAGAAACCCUAUCAGUGUAGUGAAUGUGGAAAAUUCUUUUCUCGGGUGUCAUACCUCACUAUACAUUAUAGAAGCCACUUAGAAGAGAAACCCUAUGAAUGUAGUGAAUGUGGCAAAACCUUCAAUUUAAAUUCAGCCUUCAUUAGACAUCGGAAGGUACACACAGAUGAGAAACCCCAUGAGUGCAGUGAAUGUGGAAAGUUCUUUCAGUUCUCAUACCUCACUGACCAUCCUACAACUCCUCUAGGGGAGAAACCCUACAAAUGUAAUGAAUGUGGGAAAAGUUUCCUUGAAACUUCAGUUUUCAGUGGACACCAGUCACUUCCAAAAGGGGAAAAAUCCUAUGAGUGUAAUAUAUGUGGGAAAUUGUUCUCUGAGUUAUCCUACUACACUAUACAUUAUAGAAGCCAUUCAGAGGAAAAACCGUAUGGAUGUAAUGAAUGUGGGAAAACUUUCUCCCACAAUUCAUCCCUCUUUAGACAUCAAAGAGUACACACAGGAGAGAAACCCUAUGAGUGUUAUGAAUGCGGAAAGUUCUUCUCUCAGAAGUCUUAUCUAACUAUACACCAUCGAAUCCAUUCAGGAGAGAAGCCCUAUAAAUGUAGUAAAUGUGGAAAAGUUUUCUCUCGGAUGUCAAAUCUCACUGUACAUUAUAGAAGCCAUUCAGGAGAGAAGCCCUAUGAAUGUAAUGAAUGUGGAAAAGUCUUUUCUCAGAAGUCAUACCUCACUGUACACUAUAGAACUCAUUCAGGAGAGAAGCCCUAUGAAUGUAAGGAAUGUGGUAAAAAAUUCCACCACAGAUCAGCCUUCAAUAGCCAUCAGAGAAUUCAUAGGAGAGGGAAUAUGAAUGUACUUGAUGUGGAAAAUCUCCUGUGAAAUGAAGCCUCAUUUUAGAAAGCCCUCUGCCCUCUGAAUAUAGUGAGUAUGGAAGUCCAAUAGGGAAUCAAAUACCAUUGUUUGAGAAUUUAUGUUUUUGAAUGGGAAAAACAUUAAGGCAUUAGAUUCAUUUUAACCUGAGUUUUCACUAGAAGAAUCCCUAAGAAUGCAACUAGAAGCAAAGCCUUCAUCAAAACCCUACAACUCCUUGGAUACUAGAUAAUUUAUACAGGAAUGAAACUUUAUAAAUAUUUAAUAUUUAUUUUGGAUUCAAAUUGUAUUUGCUUAUCAGGGAACCAUACCAAGGUGAAAUCUAUAAAAGUGAUGAAUGUGGAAAAAUAUAUUGUCUUGCAAAUUGUUAAACUAAAAGCCAUAUUUCUGAAGCAAACUCAAAUGUUUAUAGGAAAGAUACCAGAAACUAUUGAGCCCCGAAUAAGCUUUCAUUGUAUAAAAUGAAGUUUUCAAAUCAUCAGGAGUUGAUAAUGAGGACAAUAGCAUUAAAUAUGUAUGUAUAUGGCAGUGUCUAUCAUGUUUUUAAAAUGCAAUCUAAUUCUAUGCAACUCUAUGCAAGUUUGGAUUUGAAUGAGUUGUGAAAAGGCAGUGUUAUAUGAGUAUUAAGAUGGGAAGAUUUACUAGCAGGAUGUAUUGUUGGUGAGAUGUUUGAUAGGUUCAAAAUAGUUAAAUGCAUAAUUUUCUAUUUAGAGUCAUUUACAAAUGGGUUCUUAUUGAAUGUCUCAUCAACAGAGGAGCCAGCAAUUUUUGUAGCUUUAAAUUACAUUUGAGCAAAAAAAAAAAUUUUUUAACAUGCUAUUUUCAUAAACCAUGCAUAAUUUAGAGUUAAGUCUGUUUCAGUGAAAGAGGACAACUGUAUACUGUUCAUACUCUAUAAAAUUUGCCCAGCUCACAUACCAUGCUGGUUUUUUGAUACAUAAGUUUGAGAGUGCAGUGUGUCAAUAUGUACUUCAGAAAUUUUACCUGUACCUUUGUUUGAUAUGAAUACAGUGCUGUUAUUUUGUGCACUGCCCCUUAUUCCCAGUAUUUUGGAGCAAAUAGAAGUUUUUAGCAGACAUUUUUGGUUAACUCAAAAUUCAACUUUCUCCCUUAUUCCUUCCUGGAAGAGUUUGUGUAUCUACCAUUUCUUCACAUUACACAGAGAAUAAAUCCUGAUUUUGCCAAUCAUGAUAAUUCCAUUCUAAUUGCCCAUAACUCAUUUGUAGUGGUCACAUGACCCAGUCCCGGGCAAACAGAAGAGAUGCAUUCUGGAAAAGUGAUAAAGCAGUGAUGAAAUGGGUCUUAGUACAGGAAUGUGAGUGUUUUAAAAAGCCAUGUAAUACAUCACAUGAAGAAAAGUAAUCUAGUAUGCAAGAAAUUAAUGUAAAAUAUGCACCCACUUACAUUUUUCACAAUGGAUCGAAAGGAACUUAUUUAGUGGGAUAAAGAGCUUAAACUACAACCCACAGCAUACCUAAUGGUGAAAUAUUGCAAGUUUUCCCCCAAGAUUAAAGAAAUAGACAAGGAUAUCUACUACCAAUAAUUUUAUUCAGUAUUGUGUAGGACUUCGCCAGAAAAGGGAAGAGAAAGAAUCAAAAGUCAUAAAGUUUAAAGAGAAUUAAAACUUUCAUUUACAGGUGACAUGAUAUUCUACAUAGAAAAUUCUGAAGAAUGUACAGAUUAGAAUCAAUGAGUAAGUUUAGCAAGGUCCCUGAAUACAUUAUUAUGCAAAAAUGGUUUUUAAUAUAUACCAGCAAUGAACAAACAUAGAAAAUGAACAAUUUUAAAUAACACAAUAGAAUCAAAAAGUCCUCAGGUAUCUAGGGGUAAAAUUAUCUAACACAAUGUUUUCAAGAACUGUUUCCAGAAGAAAAAUAAUUACCAAGUUGAGAGGGACAUACCUAGUUCAUGGAUUCCAGGACAAUCGUAAAAAGAUAACCCAUUUCUCCCAAAUUUAUUCAUGUAUUCAAUUUAAUCUUAAAAGUUGUUAGUUGAAAGUUAAUUAAGUUAAUUAAUUGAAAUUGAGCUAAUUUGAAAAUUCAGAAGACCAAUAAUAGUCACAGCUAUCUUCUAGAAUAGACAGAAUGAGAGAACUUACAUUGCUAGAUACCCAGCCCUGUUACAAAGCUGUAUUAUUAUAGUGUGGUGUUGGCACAGAAAUAAAUUGACCAGUGGAAAAAAGAUUUCAGAAAUGCCCAAACAUGAUACAGUCACCUUAUUUUCUAUGAAGAUGGUAAUGCAGUGUAAUUGGAGAAAGGUUGUUCCUUCUAAUAAAUGCUUUGUCAAGUAAAUUUAAAAACUUAAUAGAAAAUUAAAAAAAUCAGUUGAGAUAGAUUACAGAUCUAAAUACAAAGUGUAAAAUAAUAAAGUUAUAAGAAGAAAUCUUUGGAGACUGUAACAGAGUAAAUUUUCUUUAGACACAAAAGCACUAAACCAUAAGGUAGAAUGUGUUAAUUUGGGUAUAUUAUGUUUUAAAACUUCUGUUUAUCAAAAAGACACAAGAAGCAAAUAGGCAAGCCACAGAGGGGAAAAUAUACAUGCAGUUCACACAUAUACAGCAGACUUGAGUUGAAGAGGGGUUGGUAACAUUUUUGUUCAGGAGCCAGGUAGUAUUUUGGGCUUUGUAGCCAGAUAUUCUCUGUCACUGCGAUUCAGCUUUUGCUCUUGUAGUGUGAAAGCCAUAUACAGUAUAGAAACAAAUGAACAUGGCUAUGUACCAGUAAGACUUUAUUCAGAAACACAAAUGGCAGUCUCUAUUUGGCCUGCAAGGCUUGACCAGUGGAACAAAGAUUCCAGAAAUGCCCAAACAUGAUACAGUCACCUUAUUUUCUAUGAAGAUGGUAAUGCAGUGUAAGUGGAGAAAGGUUAGUCCUUCUAAUAAAUGCUUUGUCAACUAAAUUUAAAAACUUAAUAGAAAAUAAAAAAAAUCGAUUGAGAUAGAUUGCAGAUCUAAGUACAAAGUGUAAAAUAAUAAAGUUGCUGACCCCAGAUCUAAAAUAUAAAAGAAACACCUACAAAUCAAGAAAAAAAUUGAAAAUGGGCAAAAGACCUAGACAUUGACUUCACCAAAAAAGAAUAUCCAGAUGCCCAAUAACCAUAAGAAAAGGUAUGUUAAUUUACUAGUAGUAAGGAAGAUGCAAAUUUAAAAUACCAUAUGGUAUUACUACCCACCCACUGAUGUGGUUAAAAUGAAAAGCAGCAAAAAAAUCAAGUUUUGGCGAGGAUGUAACCAACAGAAAGUCUCCUACCCGGCUGGUGGUACUGCCAAUUAAUAGACAUUUUAGAAAGCUGGGGGUUCAAGUUGAACAUGUGUAUAUCCUUUUAACCGAGACUUAGCACAAAUGCACAUUUCCACCAUGCAUGUGUAUGUCUACCAAAGGACAUGUACUAGAAUGUUGAUGGCAUGAAAUGACAAACAGAAUUAUCCGAAGGCAUAUAUGCAGCAGAAUGAGCCUAAGGAGUAUGUUUCCAUUACAGAAUACUGCAAUGAGAAUGAACACCUAAGUACAUUCAGUGACAGCUCAACUUCACAAACUGCUGAGUGAGGAAGUCCAGUCACCAAUGUAUGAUUCCAUCUAUAUAAAGUACAAAAACGGCCAAAACUUGUCUAUGCAGUCAGAAAUCAGGAUAGCCACAGCUGAAAAGGGGUAUUUUAUCUGGUGCUGGUAAUAUUAUUUCUAAAUCUGGGUGCUGAAUAGCUUGAAUGUUCUGAAAAACUUAAUGUGUAUUUUUCUGCAUGUACAUUAUUUUUAAAAUCCUGUGUGAUUUUGUGCAGGAAAUUCUCUUUAGAGCAGUUUUAAUGGCAACUACUAAAAUUUCCUACACUGUGACAUGACCUUAAAGCUUACAUAAUGUAUAUUUUAAGUAAGAUAUUUGAAAAUGUGGCAGGGCCAUUACAUAUUUUGCCAGCCUACCCUUUUGCAAAUAUAAACGGGUCUGAACUGCCUCUUCAAUAAAGAACUAACGUGUAAACAUUUCAUAUUUUCUCAGACAUUGUUUUUCACAUUUCUGAAUUCAGGAUGCAGCUUCGCCAUUACCCUAUCACAGAAGUGACCUUUCUUUGAGAUAAUGAAAUACAACGGUGAGUUUGGUUUGACGGAAAAUUAUAUUUUAAAAGUUUUCAGUUAGUCCUUUCAGCAAAUUUAAGAUGCCCAGCUGUUAAUAGUCCAGAUGUGAGUAUAAGACUUUGUACCAUAAAAAUUGAAAGCACUGGGUGGCCUAGGGAGCGGGGAGGGCUGGCUGAGCUUGUGGCACAGCAAAGACAAAUUGGGACGUCGAUAGAGCAAACUAUGUACUAGGUUUCAUUUCACCUUUCUCAUGCUAGAUUGAGCUUGAAGCGUAAACAGAUUAACAAUGCCUUGCUUGCUGAGGGAGAAAUAACCAAGGAGUUGGGUGGGGCUUGCAAGGUGUGAUUCCUCAACCACAUUGGCUGCCUGUUUGUUCUCAGUCCACUGGGUUUAACCUACUAGGCCUGUGGCCAAGGAAGGCCACAGCUACUCCUCCCACACUGGCAAGGCCUGCUCCUUUCGGAAGUUGCCCCUCCAGCCCCGAAUUUGCUACUGUUCAAUUCAGGGUCAGUUAACUUUUCAGAUUUUUUCUCUACAGCCUCUUGAUAUGUCAGAGGACAUUAAUACAAGACCACUUAUCUCUGAGGGCAGAAAUUUACCCACUGUUCCUAUUCCCUUCCAAAUUAUGCCCAGAUAUGUUGUCCAGGCAACUAAGAAAGGGGAAAUGUAUGACACAAUGUCAGACAGUAUUACAGUUUUCCCCAAGUUAAAUUCUAUCAAGGCCACAAAAAAAUGCAACAAAAGUGUAAUCCCCCCUAAUUUCCACAGUGGUAAUCAUGACAAACAUUGCCUUUUACAUUAAAGAAAUCAAACUCCUUUAGUUCCUGUGGAGUUGGUGGUGAACUGUCUUGAAUUACUGACUUGUGAACAAAGCAUAUGGAGUGAAAAUAAUGCCACAAACCCUCCUGGGGAAGAUAAGACAGUUGCAGUCUCCCAGUGAAGGAAGAUGCAGCAUCUGGGGAUCUGAGAUGAGAACUGGGUGCAAAUAAAUGGCAUCUGCUGAGGAAAAUUUUGAAAACGUGUUCUUCACAUUAGACGAGUCAAAUCAUUGCCUGACUGACCUGAUGGUUCUGUGGGCGGGAGCACAGGCGCUGGGCUCAGCACUACCAAAGAAACCGGGUGUGCCUGCCUGGAGUGAGGGCCUUCAAGUCUGGAGUGCUUCCUCCGUGUCCCCCGAAGCUAAGCUUCGUGACAACAGAAGAAAUUCGACAUGUUUUCGUGAUAAUUGCUAGGGAAAGGGAGUCGCGUUGCAACAGUAAGGAUUGGGAGCGGCGGACAGACAGUGGUAAGGGAGCCCAGGUUUGCUGUGAUGGGUUUUGGGGCAUGCGUCCUCCGUAAACCCACACAGAGAAGCAGAAAUGUGAUUGCCUUCUCCAGCCCAGACUGCAGCUCAGGCGAGAGUUCUGGCAAAAAGACAUCUGAGGACUUACGCCAUUUUUUUAAAAGAAUGAACUGAGCCACCUAUGCAAUAACAUUCUCAAGCAAACGAGUGUAUUGGUGACGUAAAGUACAAAUAACCAGUUUUUAAAAAGUGGAAUAUUUAGCAUAAACAAAUAUUCAAUAGAUGAGGUGAGCCAGGGUGGUUACUAGCUGGGAGACCCUGUGUGGCAGAGCUUUUACAAAAGCUUUCAGAGAGAACAAAUAACGUGGGGAAAGGGUAGGAGAGAUUUCAACACCAGAAGUCUCCAAAGUGGGGGAAAUGCCUGAAUGAAGGGGACGAGCGGCGUGUGGUGAAAUUGACUUAAUUUCAUAUACUGGAUAAAGCCAGACUCUCAAAAGAAUACCCGGUGCUCCAAACAGGAAAGAUUUGGGAAAUUACAGUAAAAUUUAAGAAUAUUAAAGGUGAAAUUACGGAAGUUUCUAUAAGGACGCAAUCACUCAGAACAUGACUUCUCAUCGUACAUUUUUAGCCAUUGUGGAGUAACAGGAACCAGAUUUACCCUCCUAGUGUUUACGCUAAACAACUAAAAAAAUUGGACAAAAUGGGUGUAAUCAUAGCAUCGGAACACCGGACGUCUGGCACAGAGUCGCGAUCCCUGAGGGAAGGAACACAAAGCGACGCGGUGAUUGCCGCAGACACUCUGGAGAGGCUUUCCAGAGCAGGGACCGGAGGGGCGCCCCAGCGAAGCCGGGGGUCCCCCUGAGUUACGAAUUCGGGAAGGCGGGCUACUGGGAAGCCCUGGGUGGGGCGCCGACGGGGAGGGCGCGCAGAGCUGCGAGUUCGGGACUCGCGAACGCGCUGGGGCUGCGCUCCUGGGCGGGUCUCCAGGGCCUUGCUACUCGGGGGCGUGGCUCCGGUCCUGGGGGCGUGAUCAGUGGGCGGGGACAUCACCCAGAAGGCGGUAGAACAAUGUUUGGGCGUGGUUACGCCCUAGGGGCGUCUCCAUUGUUGCAGGAUGGAUGGGGCGUAACGGUGGGUGGGCGUGGCCCGGGGCGAGGCGGUACUAGGGCGUGGCUCGGGCUCGCGCUGCCUCCCUACCCGCAGGGCCCUCUGGUCAAGAGCUGUGGGCCCCUAACCACCUCUGGGGAGUCGGAGCCCGGGACAGGCUGUGCGCGACAGAGGGGCGGGUGAAGACCGAGAGCUGGGCGUGAGGUAGGGCCUUGGGGCGGUGGGCCUGGCUCCCGAAGCAGGGCGCGGACAGAAAGGGCAUGCUGGGAGCCGGGGCCGCUGCCCCUCGCCGCUCUCCCCUCCAGCCGCCCUGAACGCCCGGCCAUGUUGCCGCUGGUCCUCGUGCUGCUCCUGUUCUCUGUCGCCCCCGUCCCCACUGCCACUGCCGCUCCCGUCCCGGAUGCCAGCAACAGGGACAGCCUAUGGAACCUGCUCCAAGGUCCCCGAGCCGGAAUAGACAGAAGGCUGUGGGUGGCCCCCAAUCUGGGCCCUCACUUUGGCCGUCCUCCUGGGCCGUGAGGCUGCUGUCCGAGCCCGCAGCUUGGAAGCCUGGGAAGUGGAGGAGGAGCAUCCGCGACUACAGGCCACAGGUUCCUGAAGGGGUCCGAGCACUGGCAGGGGACACACAUGUACCCUCCCCCGGCCCCAUCCCCAGCUCCAUUUAGAAAUAAAGUUCUUUCUUAAA